CGAAGAUUACAUGCAGUUUUAUUUGCAACUAUAAAUAGAGUGUAAGAUUUUAGUCUAAUAUCACAUUGAAAAAAGUUAAUUAAAUCCUCAGUUACACAAUAUGGCCUUCCAUCAUACUAAUAUCAUCACAAUCUUCUUUGGUAUCCUUCUUCUUCCUCUCUUCUCCUUCACCAACGUCCACGGAGAUCCCGUAGACGACGUCUGCGCGAAAGCGCAACAGCACUCUCUGUGCCUGAAAGUCCUUAGAGCGGACCCGCGUUCCAAGAACGCGGAUCUCAAAACCCUAGGGUUCGUCACGAUCGACGCCAUGACAAAUGAAGUCAAGUCGGGACUUAGCCUUGCCCAGUUGCUUCUGAGCAAGGUCACUGACCCCAGACAGAAGUCCCCGCUCUCUGCGUGCGUGGACUCCUUAGGGCACUCCAUAAUGAAUCUGGAGGAGUGCUCGGGGUCGUGGAGGUCAGGAGACCUCGUUGGGGUCAACAUCCAAGCCUCUACGGCCGCGGGCUUUGUGCAAGGUUGCGACCGGGGGUUUUCUGACCAUUCCAUCCCCGAGCCUCCCCAGCUCAAGGACUCGUGUUCCACGGCGCAAUGGAUUGACGAUAUUAUUUCCGUUAUUAGCAAUCUUUCGAGGCCGCCCGUUGCAGCAUGAGAGAUAUAUAUAUGUUCCAUCCCAUCCCAUUAUUAAGUUCAAAGCUAAGGUUUUUAUUUUGAAAUCUUCGAAUUCUCAAGAGAUUUUAGUUAGGUUUUUUGAGAUGGCAAUGACAUUGUAUCGUGCACUGUUGAUCUCAAAUAAAAUUUUGCAAGUUUAUUUAGUUUUUUUUAUCAGUUGUUUGUCAAAAAUCAAGUGGUUUCGAAUAAUUAAAAGUGAACAUU